AUGGCCCAGUCCAACAGCUCCAGCAGAGUCGGUGUCCACUACAAAGUGGGCAGCAAAAUCGGCGAAGGGUCAUUUGGCAUCAUCUUCGAGGGAAUUAACCUCCUCAACAACCAGCAGGUGGCAAUCAAGUUCGAGCCCCGGAAAUGUGAAGCUCCUCAAUUGAGAGACGAGUACCGGUCCUACCGGAUCCUUAACGACGUGCCCGGAGUGCCCAAGGCGUAUUUCUUUGGCCAGGAGGGCGUGCAUAACAUCUUGGUGAUUGACCUUUUGGGUCCUUCUCUCGAGGACUUGUUCGACUGGUGCGGACGUAGGUUCUCGGUGAAAACAGUGGUCCAGGUCGCCAAGCAGAUGAUACAGAGGGUCCAGGGGAUCCACGAGCACAACAUGAUUUACAGAGACGUGAAGCCUGAUAACUUUCUCAUUGGCAAGCCCGACACGCCUGAGGCAAACCAGGUCUACGUGACCAAAUCGCACAUUCCGUACAGAGAAAAGAAGGCGUUGAGCGGGACGGCUCGUUACAUGUCCAUCAACACGCAUUUGGGCCGCGAGCAGCUGAGAAGAGAUGAUUUGGAGUCGCUUGGCCAUGUGUUUAUGUAUUUUCUCCGGGGCCUGUUGCCCUGGCAAGGUCUUAAGGCGCCUACGAACAAACAAAAGUACGAGCGCAUUGGCAUGAAGAAACAGAGCACUCCGGUGAACGAGCUCUGCCAGGGCUUUCCUAUUCAGUUUGCUCAAUACUUGACAUAUGUGCGGAAUCUCAGGUUCGAUGAGGAGCCCGACUACGAUUACCUCGUGGGUCUCAUGGAUAAAGCUCUUCAGCUGAUUGAUGCUACAGAAGACGGCCACUUUGACUGGAUGGACCUCAACGGUGGACGUGGAUGGGAUGCUGCAUUAAACAAGAAAGCCAACCUUCACGGCUACGGCAACCCACACCCGCCACAACAAAGACGCAAAGCAAACAACACCAACGUCACUAAUAUCCUGAAGCGCCCUAGUGGCCAGGACAAGCUUGCUGCAGGUCUUCCUAACAACUCGUCUCAGCAGCGGCUCACCAAAUCACAAUCUUUAAACCACCCCAACUACAACUCCAUCACCGACGAGCACAGCCGAAAGGCCUACAGACAGACUAACCAGCAUGGCCACAACCAUCCUGUGGCGGGAGACGGCCACUCUGAGACGUCAAGCUUUGAAGAGAGAAGAAAAAAUCAGCUGUGGCUCCGCAGAAACUGCUGUUGUUUCUGA